AAAUACAAUAAAAAAUUGUGCAAUAAAAAUCGAAAACAUUAUCUGUAAUAUUAUAAUAUUAUAAAUACAAAAUUUAUUCACAUUGAAAAUUAUUUCAUAUUUUAUACCCGCCGGGAAUAUGGACGCAGAUAAUCAACAACAAUACGGUGAGGUGAAUCAGUUAGGAGGAGUUUUUGUAAACGGUCGGCCUUUACCAAAUGCAACACGUUUACGUAUAGUAGAAUUAGCACGUCUCGGAAUUCGACCAUGUGAUAUAUCACGUCAAUUACGCGUUUCACAUGGUUGUGUAUCCAAAAUAUUAGCUAGGUAUCAUGAGACUGGAUCAAUAUUACCAGGUGCAAUAGGUGGUUCAAAACCACGUGUAACGACACCAAAAGUUGUUAAUUAUAUAAGAAAUCUAAAACAAAAAGAUCCGGGAAUAUUUGCAUGGGAAAUACGUGAUCGAUUAUUAGCUGAAGGUAUUUGCGAUAAAAGUAAUGUGCCAAGUGUCAGUUCAAUAUCUAGAAUAUUACGUAAUAAAUUGGGAAAUCUAUCUCAUGCAACACAUCAUACAAAUACAAAUACGACAUCGCAUCAUCCAAUAUAUAAUUCAAUUUAUCCUCCAUAUACGUAUAGCAUGAAAACGGAACAAUGUAAUAGUCCAUCACCGCCCCAAACACCAUUGAGAGGGCCGUCUAUGUCACAUUCACAUGCAACUCAUUCUCACACUCAUCCACAUACGCAUCCACACGCACAUCCGCAUACCCAUCCGUGUUGGCCAUCUUCUCAUUCUGUAACUGAUAUAUUAGCAAAUGUUCAUCAUCAAGCAGCAGCGGUGGCUGCGUUAAGAAAUGGCACUGGUCCAUGUGGUGGUUCGCCAACUAGUGGUAUGAGUAUGUCAAUACCAUCAUCACCAAUAACACCACAACAAAUUAUGGAAGAUACAUCAAAUGCUGCUGCUGUUGCUCAACAGCCGUAUAAUUACUACAUGUAUUUUCAAAAUGCCGGUGCAAUGCAUCAUCAUGGAAGUUUAGCUAGUGCGACUGGUUUAUGAAUAUAAAUGAUUUUUUUUUGUAAUUUUAUCAUAACUUUACACUUUAAUUUAAUUUUUAUUUAAUGAUAACAUAAAUUUAAGCAGUUUACAAGAUUAUCUUUAUUAGGUACCUCUUUUUCCUAUUUGUUGUUUUUUUAAGUAAAACCUUUUAAUAUUAUUAUUAGUCAUAAUUAUUUCGUCAAAAUAAUAUUGGUUAAAUUAUGUAAUGAAUUUAAACUUGCCAA